GUCAGAAUGGUUGUCGCCGUGACUCCUUGCGGAUGCUGAGCGUUUGCUGUUUCUCCUCUUGGUUUUUGAGUUUGGAGCUGCGAGUGUUCCUUGUUUGUUUGUUUGUUUGUUAGCUCGCAGCGAAAGGUUCCUGGACGUGAGUGCGUUUCGGGGUUCGUCGCUUAGCGCGUAAUUGCUGUACGUAGUGUGUAUUGAAGUCUCUGUUCCGGAUUUCGGUUUGGAUGGAGCGCUGAGGCACGGAGUUGAGUUCCUACAUUUGUUUUUAGAUGAUUUUGGUUGUUAUUUAAAAUUCGGAUUCCUUUUGGGGGUCGUAAAAGUCGUAAGGUGCGAGUUUAUGGAUUCCAGGUGUUGUAUGCCGAAUUAGUGGCGCGCCAAGUAAAUGUUCGCUGGGAAAAUGUAGGUUAACAAUGCGAGUGGAAAAAAGCCAUAAAGAUCAGAAACGUGAUAAACUUCUGGUGCGAUUGAGUUCGGAUGUCUGAGAAUUGUAGGAGCUUAGUGUGGUGUGAUAGUGGAGCCGAAAAAUCGGUGCCCCGGAAUCUUACAGAGAGAGUAGAAAAAAAAAACAACAGUGGUGGAGACAGGCCCCGAUGAUUUAUAACCGGUCGUUUGCCACCGAGCGAUCCACGCGAGCUACAACAGAAAGGUGCGAAAAAAGGGCAAAUCUUGAUAGCUAGGGUCUCUUCCAGGGGAUUCCAGGAGAGCGAGUCCCAAGAAAAAUGUGAUGUAGAUGCAUUGAUUCCGAUAAAGUUCAUGCAAAACAGAACAACCUAAAAAUAAAUCGGUUCAUUGGUUUGUGGCCGCCCGAGGUGAAUCUGCAACUUGACUUGAAGAGGAAGGAAAUCGUGAAAAGAACGGUGCUCGAGUUCGAGAAUUAUACAAUUGGCCAAGGCUGCAACUGGGCUGGGUGUUGCUGUACAUGUCCAAGUCCUCGGGGCAAUGUUCUGGCAGAAAAAAAGACACGACCUGGCACAACAUUGCGCGCCGCUUAGUUAGCACACUCCAUGGACCAGAACUUUGCACUGCAGAAAUCCAAAACGAGAAGUCCACGAACCGAUAACGAGACUAAGGUGCUUCAGAUGAGAGGAAAAAAGGCAAUAAGCAAAAGGAAACAAAGCUAAAGAAGAAGAGGGACACGACAUUCAGAACCCUAGCAGGACUGAAGGCAGACCACGGCGAGAUAAGAAAAUAAAUAUAAAAAAAGCCAAGCAAACCAUUGGUGAAGGGGCUGAACUCAGAAAGUGCAACUUGGAAAUGCGAAGAGAAGAAAAACAAAAAAAAACUUAAACUAAAAGAAGUGCCCAAGAUAAACAAAUCCAACAGUUAUCGCGAAAACGGCUUUUGAAAUUUAAAGCAAAAGCAAACGCAACCCGGGAAGAGAGCAACAAACUGUAGGAGACCAACGAAAUAAGAACAGAAACAGCGUGUCCAAGUCCCCGGUGAGAAACGAAGCCAAGGUGCAACCGAUACAAAAUAAACAAGCGAAACACACGGAAAAAUGCAUAUAUGAAAUAAAAGGUGAAAAAAGUUAACAGAAAAGAAGAAAAACAAAAACGAUACCAUCGGACCUUAUGGUGUCCCAUUGCAUGUGUCCCUCCUCGUGUGAGAGUGUUGAAAUUGAAGUUGAAAACGUUAUUUUUGUUCAGUGACCUCGCGUGUUUCAACGAAAAGUUUUACCCCUGAAAGUAUACUAGCCAAUUUAAGUUUAAUCAAGCAUCAUCAAGCAAUCGACAAGUUUAGUGACUAAUCGCACUCACCAAUCCUCGGUCCGACUUCUCAACUGACUGAUGGUAUUGACUAAGGUGCAAGUUACUCCACAACUUCAGCAGUUAGUUAGUUAGUUCUAAUAAGCGAUUUACGACAACUUACAGUUUAUGGUUUUACUGCUGCUGAUGAUUUUAUGAGUUGUUUUUGUGCGUUCGUUCAGCUGGUGCUGUAGGAAUUUCCUCGUCGUCGGUGAAAAAAGCUACCAACAUCCAUCGGCUUGCGGUUUCCAGUUACAUACCGGCGUUUUCUGACGGAUCUCCUUCUGGCGCGGUGCAGUUUGUUUGGAAUUGAAAGAAUCAGCGAAUUCUUCACAUCAAGCAGCAGCAGCGGCAACCCCGAUCACAAACGGUAGCAGCGACGAAUCAACGAGCGACAUCUACAACGCUAACUCAGCAGAAGCUUCAACGCCAGCACCGAAAGACACAGCGAUUAUGGACCAAAUGAAUAAUGUGGUGACGACGACGACGAUUCCGACGGCCAUUGCCAGCAUCGUGCAGCAGCAGCAGCAGUCCAUCCUGACGACGAAGGUGUCACCACCGGCCUUUUCCCGGCUGCCGCCGGAUGGGCAUGAGUUUCCGCCAAAUUUCAGUGAACCACAGCCCACAACGAUUACCGGAAACGGCGGGAUGAUGAUGACGGUCGUCAACGGGGCAGCAACGGUCAUUCCGGGAUCACAACAUUCCAGUUACGAUGACAUUCCCGAUCUACCGAAAAGUCACCCGCCACCGGUCGCCCGCAAAGUGUACCGCCAGGAUCUGGUUCUCAAACCAGCAGCAGCAGAUCAAAAUCAGAAUCAGACGCAACAAAAUGCCCCAAGUCCACCGGUCGUCACGGCUACAACCGCAUCAGUGCCCGCAGAACCCCACCAAAUCACAUUCAAAAAGCCACCCAUUUUUCCGGCACCCACUCGCAGCAACUCUCUGGUACCGGAAAUGAUGGGUAACGGAAAGGCCCCCAAAUUGGCUGAUGAAGCUUCUCGGCGUAGGUCGUUCGAUAUUCACGAGAUUAACAAACCUCCGUCUCGGGUUAGUUUGGUGGGGUCCAAUUGGCGCAAGGACGAGAAAUCGGAACGAAGUGUCAGGGAUAAGAUUGCCAUGUUUUCAAAUGGAAGUGAAGCUGGUGGUGGGAACGGGGCUGGAGGAGGAGGAACGAUGGUUAAUGGAGAUGUGGGAACUGCACCGGUGUUGAGGAAGUUCAGCAAAGAUUUCACCAAAAGUUCCGAGAAUCUGAUCAUGGAUGGAGGUUACUCAAAGAAGUCGGUUGAAGCUAUCGAGACGUAUGCCACGCUGAGAAAGAAAGCGUUGAGCGUUGAGAAUUUGGAUGAAGUUGAUAGCGUUCCGGGGUCUGUGGAGUUCAGGAACUCGGAAAAUAGCUACAAGAGUAAAUUUGGACUGGAGAUUUCGAAACCAGUGAUUUUGGGUAAAGCUUACAGUGUGGAAAACUUGAAUCCGUCUGGUGGAAUGAAGAGCAGCAAUGGUGAUAGUAAACUGGACAGCGACUUGUUCGGAAACAAUAAAGUUCUCUCGAGAACAACGAGUUUCUCUGGAUAUUCAAAUGGUAACUUGGCAAACAUUGCCAACGGCAGCAUGGAAGAGAGGCGAAAGUCAUCGAUCACAAACCUAUUGGAGCAACGUAAGAAAUCGAUGUCCAAACUGAGAGGAUUGGUCAUUCCGGAAAAGGUGCCAGAAACUGAAGUGCUACCGGAUGCAAAGAUCAUUGGACUACCGAUUAUCAAAAGUAAAGAUUCGGAAAAGAUUCUUUCUUCGAACGUACUUAACAAAAUUCCAGAAGAUUUGUACGCUAAGAAAACUUCUACAUUACCCAACCCAGCGAAAUCAAAUGGAAACUCGUUCCCACCAAUGGCAACAGUGAAGCCAACACCAGAUCUUGGAGGUACCUACAAGAGUAUCUUCAGGAACUUAAAUGGUUCAUCAAAGUCCGAAGAGAAACCCGAAAUAGAUGAACAAGGAUUCCGAAGACCUCUCACGUUGAUUCCACCUGCCAAACCUCCGAGAACAUCUUUGGUUUAUCCACCUCCCAAAGGCUUCGAUCAACCCAGUCUGACCACGGAAGACGAAAGUGAUCUUGAGUCCCAGGAGAGUUCCCGGAUUUCUUCCCCACCUGCUUCACCGGUUGCUCCUAAUCCUCCAGAGAAAUAUGUCCUUACCAGAACUCUCAGUUCUGAAACGAAUACUUCCAUCACGAGUUCCAAUUCGACCCUAACUUCGAGUUCCGGUUCACAAGCCAGCUGUAGUUCCGUCGGUAGCACUCCGGCAAUCGAUAUGAGCCGUCGUAUAUCGAAAUCAUCGUCUACUGAAAUGUCAAUGAAUCGCAAGAACGUAUUGGCAUCAGCUAAAAGUCGAAGCGGUCGCGGAGAUGUUAAGAUUGAAGACGCUGCCAAUGGCAAGAAACGAUACGAGGAAGGCGAUAGCACCGAUGGCUACGAGGAAGAAGAACGAAGACGCUCCAAAUCCAAGCCACGGAACUCAUUAACGAAUGGGAAGAGUGCAACCAAUGGUUCCGAGGAGAAGGAAUUGACGCACUACAAGGUGAUCGAUACGGUAGACAGUAUUGUAGAUAAGGUGAUCAAAGUUGCUUCUUACGUUGAAGUCGUUUCGGAUAUGGAGGAGAACACCAGCGUUGAAACACAAGUAAUCGUUCCUAUGCAGAAACCCGUUGAGCCUGUCAAGGAAAAGAUAGUGUAUGAGAAGAGUGUCUCUGUGGACAGUGCUUCCGCAAACACAAUGACUGAUCUUGCCAAGUGGGUUCGACACGAAGCUGCCAAAACUAUUGUGAGUAAGGAUGCCGAAGUUCCUGUCCGUACGGAUGUGAAGAAGUUUGUACGAAACAUUUCCGAGCAGAUUAUCAAACCGGUUGAUGAGUCGCCGGUCAAGCGAGAGCUUCGCUCUUCCGUUGAUAGCAAGAAACUCAAUUUGGCUGAGAUCCGCAAGUCUUUCGAAGCUAAGGCCAAUAAUAGUUCGAUUGUACCGACGCCGGUAAAGAUCAUCCAGAAAGACGCUCCGGUAGCAAAAUCUACGCCAGCUGCACAUGAUCGAUUCUCAUCCUGGGACUCACUAGCAUCUUCUUCGUCUUCGGGUGUCUCUUCACUGCAGACCAACAGCAUGGUUGGAAACGCGCUUGCCAACAAUACUGGUUCAUCGCAAACCCUCCAGAGUACUCCGUCGGACUACGGAAGCUUCUCUUCGCUCGGUAGCAGUCACUCGUUGAUCACACCCCAGGAUCUGCAGCUGAUCAUCGAAGAAGCUGACCCUCCACUUGCAACCCCGGAAGCAUUCGUCAUAGUGUUGCAGCGUGAAACGCCUGAAUCGAGCAUCGGUAUAACCCUGGCCGGUGGUUCCGAUUACGAGGCGAAAGAGAUUACGAUUCACAAAAUCCUUAACAACUCUCCGGCUGAUAAAGAUGGUCGGCUACGUCGAGGUGAUCGAAUCCUUUCCAUCAACGGAAUGAGCAUGCGUGGUUUGACUCAUCGGGAGUCGCUAAGUGUACUUAAGACACCUCGCCCGGAAGUCGUUAUGGUGAUCACCCGAUCCAAGUCGCUCAUCAUUGCAGACAGUACCGGCAGUAGUUUGCUGUCCAAAUCAUCGAAGCGACCAUCCCUGGGGUCGCUCAGUUCCCUGGCCGAGAAAAACGAGCUUCCGGACUACGAACGGAAGAUCAAGAUCCAACACAAGGCUUCGCGAUCUCUCGAUCUGGAUCUCGAUAUGGUUUCCAACGAAGCCGAAAGCGUCUUCGAUGGAACUGCCUCGGAGGAUGGUCUACUGUCGGCUGAUGAGUCCAAAUGUUCCUCGAGCACACCCGCACGAGAUAUGAUGUCUCCAAUUGUGGGCAGCCGAGUGGUGGAAAUGCAAAAAGAUGGUGCCGGACUGGGAUUCUCCAUCGAGGGAGGAUUCGACUCACCCACCGGAAACAAACCCCUGAUGAUCAAGAAAAUCUUCAUGGGUGGUUCGGCGGAAAAAUCCGGUUUGCUGAAGGCCGGCGAAGAAAUUGUUGCCAUUAAUGACAUUUCGAUCGAGCGCAUGACGCGGAUACAGGUCUGGAACAUGAUGAAAAAGCUGCCGAACGGAACCGUUCGGAUUAUGCUGAAGUGAAAGAAAUUAUAAAAUAGGUGAUAAAAGUUCAACUGUGAGAAGACGAUUUGCAGAACGAAGCAAACAAAAAUACUAGCAGCUAUGUUAACGAGAGUGAGAGAAACUGUACAGAAUAUGAGGCAGCAGCAAAACGUGGAGUAGAAAAACAGUCGUACUAUAUACAUAAAAUAUUUUUGUUUUUAUUUUGAAAUACAUAUGGAUUACUUUAGUUUGUUUAAGCCAGAAUGCAAUUUCCGCUGCACAGAGCGAGCUAUUCGGAACGAGCAAUAAUAAUCAAAUUAUUAUCCUUCAAUUAUAUUUUCCAAAAAAAUAAACGCGAAAAAAGCAAUCAUCCCGAAUUUUAAACGAAUCCAGCAUACCCUAGUCCGUAAGCAGUUUGUUGUUUUGUAAUUUUUUUUUAUACCUAUUCGCUUUUCGAAAUUUUGUACACAAGAGUUAUUUAUAUUUCGAAACAAAAAAAAAACAUCGUUAGUCCAAAUUUCAUUCGCCAAACCGGUGGAAAGCAGCCACUCAGUUAGAGCAUAAAGUACUAGCAAUAACAACUUUACGCAUAUAGAAACCUAAUUUAGACUGAUCUGUGUUGAGGUAUCGAAAGCAUAAAAAACGAACGAAUCAAAACUAACGGGAGUUGAAGUUAUGAUUAACAGAACUGUAAAUUGGUUAAAAUUAAAAUCAGAAGCAAAAAUUCUUGAUGAAGCGAAGAUAGUAAUCAUGAGUAUAGAUAUUUUUUAACGCAACCUAAUCAUUAACCUGUUCUUUUUAUCCAUCAGCAGAAACUAGUGUAGAUCGACAUGAAGAUCACAAUGAGAGAAAGAAUAAAAACAAAAAGGCGAUACCAUAGCCAACAAGUAGCUUAAUUUUCUUUUUUAUUUUCUUACUGCGAAGCGCAACUAACUCAAUGAAGAAAAACGGAAAACAAUGUCUUGCCUUAUUAGAGAAUUAUUCAAUUGGGCAGUACACCCAAAACGAUGAAUAUUAUUGCUUCGCAAUCAUUAGUUAUGAAUUUAUUUAACAGAAAAAAUCGCCUUGCCUUCGACCCCCCCUACAGUUAUAAAAAAAAUCACGCUUCAAACUAACAUACAAAAACCAUCUGAUACAGUUGGCUUGAUCAAAUUUGUUUCAGAACUUACUUUCUCAAAUAUUUUAUUCUUUAUUCGUAUUCGUGUAGAUAUUUAUCAAUUAUAAAAAACAAGCUGAAAAGCUCUUUGAAUAAAAAUUAAUCUGAACCAAA